AAUGCCUGUUUGUAGUCUUAAGCUUUUGUUUCGCUUUUAACUUGUAGACAAAUCCGGAAACACGCAGAUAGGGCGACUUUAGGUGUUUUUUUAAGGCAGUCUAUAAUUAUUAUUAUUAUUUUAUGAUUAUGUGACAGUAUUGUAAGUAUUCGAUAAAAAAGUUCAGCGAGGAAAGCUAAAGUUUACCUUUGUUAUAAAAACUUUGUCCGCUGCUCGCUUUUCUCUCGAGGCUGUCACUGUUUCACUUUUUUGAGCGUCACGGCUGAGUAAUUUACCGGGUCAUUCAGCGGCGAUGGCCGCCGCGCCUCAGAUCUCCCUCCAUAUGAGAUCAACAGAUCUGAUCAAGAAGGAGCCUUUGGACUAUGGAGGGUUUGGAGAGGUCUACUUGUGCUACCAUGCAACCCUUGGCCAAGUGGUGUUAAAGACCGUGUAUACAGGUCCUCUUCGCAGCGAAGAGAGUAAGAAGUCGCUGCUGGAAGAGGGGAGUUUAAUGGCAAGCCUUAACCAUAAUCGUGUGGUCAAGUUGCUUGGUGUGAUCAUGGAAGACAGGGAUUGCUCGCUUGUUAUAGAGCUUCUGCCCAGAGGCAAUCUACUGGUCAUGCUGGAGAAGGUCUCUGUGCCGAUGUCUAUUAAGGGAAGAAUCAUCCUGGAGAUUUUGGAGGGGAUGGUGUAUUUGACGGAGCGGCGUGUUAUUCACAAGGACUUAAAGCCAGAAAAUAUUUUGGUGGAUAAGGAUUUUCACAUCAAGAUUGCUGACCUCGGGCUGGCCACUUGCCAUGCAUGGAGUAAGCUCACAAGACAAGAGUCCCGCAGGAAAAGCUACAGGGGCAGGACAGCUGGGGAGAGAGGUGCUGGCACAUUAAGCUACAUGGCCCCGGAGCAUCUGGAGAGCAUCCAUACGCCUUCCACUGAGAAGUCUGAUGUGUACAGCUUUGCUAUUGUGGUUUGGGUCAUUUUGUCGGGGAAAGAGCCAUAUGAAAAUGCAAGGAGUGAAGAACACAUCAGCCAGUGUGUUUGCAAAGGUGACCGACCUGCAAUGGAGCCCAUACCUGAAGACACUCCUAGAGAAAUAAUUGAUCUUAUGAAGAGUUGUUGGGCUCACAACCCUGUGCAAAGACCAACAUUUAAAGAGGCCUAUGAGAGCUUGCUUCCUUUCUACAAGGAAAUACUCGAGCCACUUGUAGAGAAAGAUGUUUGCCUUUUGCAGGAAAAGUAUGAAGGUCCAGAUGAACUCGUAGAGAGGAUGAAAUCAUUAAUGAUGACCAAUGAAGGUUUACUAGCAACCGAUCAGGAUGGCCCUGCUCCUUUGAGCUCACACAGAGAUUUAUCAAUACCGGUGGAAGCCAGCGUUGAGGACCUACAUCACAUUCAUGAUCAUCUAUCUGGACAUUCUGUUGAGGCAGAUGCAAAAGUACUAAGGAGCACCUCAGAGCUAGAGGAGAAACUAGAUCGAGAGUUUCAAUAUCACAAGCAUGGCAGCUAUGCUUGCAACAACCAACCGGAGUCUGCGCAGUACAUUCCUAAAAUCUCAUCAAAUCCUUUCUUACAAAGCACUGCUGACCUGGUUGAUAAUGAGCUGAGACAUCCAGCUCAAGAGAAAUCCUCUGUUCAUUCAUGGACGAAACCAGAGUCGGUGCAGACUGGGGCUUAUACUCGGCCUACAUCUGAGCCCUACGAGUCCAUGAACUCCAGCUCAUUUCAUCCAUCACUGUUGCACACGUCUCUCAGCACACCUUCUCUGGGUCAGUUAAACCAGCAACAUCCACACUCCCACCUGGACCGCCAGCAGUCCUGGCCAACGUACCCACUGCCCGACACCUUGGGCCCCAAUCUGACUGCUGGCCAUCUUUUUACCACUUCAAAGAGCGGAUCGCUGCAGGACUCAGGAUCUCUCUACAUUCAUAAUGCCAGUGCGAUCCAGAUUGGAAACAACAACACAAUGAGCAUCAGAGGUUAUGACCCGCCUAUUGGUUCAGUAUCUAUGUCUGCUGAUGGUAACAAUACCUUAUCAGUCCAAGAGGGCAUUUUAAAACAUGCGGACUAUGUGGUCAAAGAGGUACAACUGGAUGUGCUAAGGGAGAACAUCGGGAUGAAAUGGAAACGCUGUGCGAGAGGCCUGGGUCUGACAGAGGUGGAAAUAGAAACCAUAGAACACGACUACUACAGAGACGGCUUGCCAGAGAUGGUGCACCAGAUGCUGGAGCAUUGGAAAAUGAAAGAGGGAUCCAUGAGCUGCACCCUUGGGAGGCUUUUUCAAGCGCUUCAAGGAAACAUAAAAUUAGAUGUCAUCCGAAAAAUAUUGGACUUGUGUGACUCUUCUCAGUAGUUCCCACUUAAAAGUGGUCAUAUUAUCAAAACUACAAUUAAAGUUAAUUUUUUAAGGCAAGCUGACUUUUGGGUUCAUCGGAUGUAAUUAUGUGAUACUGGCUAUGUUAACUGUAAAGGUAAGUCAUUGAGUCACUGAGUUAUAUAAUGAUAUCAUAAUUUCUAGUGAUUAUUAAGGUAAGUUUUAGUGAGCCCCCCUUUUAGAGAUGCUU